AUGACCUUAGUGGGAUCGAAGGAGGAGAACGUAUUGCCCAUCAUGUUGAGCGUACAGCAACAGCAUCAUCAUCACAAUCUUCAUGGUUCUUCGACGUCCAGUGCACAAACCCAUCGCAGCAAUGUGAUUGUUUCCACCAGCAGCAUGCCGUCAAAUGACAUCAAGAUCCAGCAGCACGGUUGCAAGCGAUCGAAGAUUUACGGCCAGGCGACCGGCCCUUACGGCACGGUUCCUCACCAGCCGGCUUCGGUCGCCAGACGAAACGCCCGGGAACGAAAUCGUGUUAAGCAGGUGAACAAUGGAUUCGCUACUUUGAGGCAGCACAUACCUCAGAGCGUGGCGCAAGCACUCGGAGGAAGUACGGCUGGCACGCACGGCGGAUCCAGAGCGGGUAGUAAAAAACUGUCCAAGGUCGAAACGCUUAGGAUGGCGGUCGAGUAUAUCAGAAGUCUGCAGCGUCUUUUGGAGGAGCACGACGGUGGUUCGGAUGUCACGAGUGUGUCUUCGCCGACGUCGUCGCCUCCUUCGUCCACCUCCUCCGCCUCGUCCACGUGUAGUUCUAGCAACGGUAUCAGCGUCGAGUCCAAUCAUCAUUCGCCCGAGUUGAGACUUCGCGGUAACGUCAACAACGAGCUUCGACAUCAUAGCGGCUCGGACAUACACCGACAUCAACACUUGCGACAAAAUCCUAGCCCGACUUUCGUCCCGACACCCUGCUCCGAAGCCUCGAGUUCGCCAACGCCGAGUUUCGUUUCCGAGGCGUCAUCGGCUGGCAGCCAAGGGUACGGGACAUCGGGCAACCUUUAUACCGCGCACUCUGAUGGCUACGACAAUUACGAACCUAUGAGUCCGGAAGACGAGGAGCUACUGGACGUCAUCUCCUGGUGGCAACAAAGUCAAUGA